UUACAAAUGGCUGAAGUUACUUGACUACUUUCCUGUCUUCAUGUUCUUCGGAUGUACAUUUUGCUUUUGAUCACACUACAAAACACAGCUUCCUUAAUUACAUCAGUUACCACUUACCAGAACCAGGACUUUAGAAUACUCAUUUCUGGAUUUUGUAUUCAUUUAAAAUCUAAAUAACCUAAAAACAUUUUACAGAAUGUGUUUUUAAAAUUUGAGCACACAGGUGAAUAAAAAGUCCACAGUGAAAACCGAGCUAUGGAUCCAGUUUCCUUAGAUAGCAUUCUGAUAACUGAAGACGGUGAUGGUGAUGGAUUUGAUUUAAAUAUUGUUGAUGCACCAGGGGAAUUCAAAUCUCAUGAUAAUGAUGAAUUCAAUAUUUUUCAAAAUUUAAAUGAUGUUCCAACAGGAUUAUCUAUUGAAGAAAAGUCAGACCUACAAAAUGAAGAAAGCAUAGAGAUAGAAAAUCAUGAUAUACAUAUUACUUUGGAUACUGACAGUGUUGGUAAAGAUAACAUUGUUGAUUUGCUGGGUUUUCAUACUGAUGAUGGUACGUCUAAAAACAUUAAAUGUGUGGGAGAAACAACAGUUUCAACUCCAGUAAAUGAUGAAAAAUCAAUAGAAGAUGAUGAAGGAAACUCAACACAAACUUCUACCGAGAUAUCAAGGCAGCCAGCUGACUUAUAUAAAGAAAAUAACAAAAAAAUAGAAACAGUAGAUGAAAAUACUAUUGAGAGAAAAGACACUUCAGUUGAUAAGGCUAAGCAAAUCAUUUAUCCAGGUGAAAAGAUAAUAUUUCCCACACAAGAUGAUUUAGAUAUGAUUAAGGUGACCAAACAAGACACUUCAGAUGUAAAAAUUGAGGAAGACUUACAGGAGGGGGCAUCAUUUCCAGAUAUGGGCAUGCAAAGGAUAAGACAAGAUAGCUCCUCUGGCUCGGAAUUUGAUUUUGAACUCCCUCCUGUCAAAAAGAAAAUUGAUGACCCAGGAACAGAAACUGACACAACAACAAAAUCUAUAGUAGAAAUCAAAUCAGAACAAAAAUCUGAGCAAAAGACAGUUGUCAUAGAAACAUCUCAAGCAAGUGUAUCACCAAGGGAAAUUCCCUCCACGCUUCAUAGCAUAACAGCAAAUGCAAAGAAAAUUAUAGAAUAUAAGGAGGAGUGCAGUUCAAAUGAUGUUUCUCAGACAAUCUCUCAAAAGAAAGCUGCUGAAGAUUGGGAAAACGUACAGACAAUAGAACCAGGAUUUUUAAAGGAUGGCGAACAGAUUAAACCUUCACUUCCUGAAUCUACACCACUUUUGUCAUACUUUGAAAUGCAGGAGGAACUUCUUCGAGUAGAUCAUUCUUCAGUGAAGUCAAACAUUCACAUAUCAGUUGACAGACAUGGAUUUUCAGCAUUGAAACACUUCCUGUUUGGGCCACCAAAAUUGCACAGAAACUUGCAUGUAAACAGAGAAAAAAUCUUUUGUAUUGCAGCAUCAAGUUUUAACAACUCUGAUAAACUGCACACACGAGCCUUACAGACUAUUUAUAGAUGUUUAACAGGGUCUAGAUUUGACUGCAGUAGGUUUGGAAGUCACUGGGAAGAAAUAGGUUUUCAGGGAAAUGAUCCAUCAACAGAUCUGAGAGGAGUAGGGUUAUUAGGCUUAGUGAAUCUAAUCUAUUUGUUACGAGACCCAAAAUGUCACAUGAUUGCUAAAGAUAUUUAUAAAUUAUCACUUCAUCCAACUCAGAAUUUUCCAUUUUGUGUCAUGGGAAUAAAUAUGACAAGAAUAAGUUUACAAUCAUUACGAGAAGAUUGUUUAAAUAAAGAAUGCAAUAAAAGGGAAGACGUACUGAAUGUUGUAAAUGACUUUUAUGCUGGAAUAUAUUUACACAUGUACCAACUAUGGAAGUCAAAAGGAAAAACAAUAUCCGACUCUGGAUUUGUUAUCAAACAUUUAGAAACUGAAGCUAAGAAGAAUCCCCACCAUAUUCUGAAAAAUUUAGAAGACUAUAUACAUAGCAAAAAGAGUACAGCCAGCACAGUAAAUUUAGACAAUAUGGAUCCUGGAGGAGAUAACUUCCUAAGUGUAUGUGAAACAGAAGCAGGGCAAUAUUAGAUAAUAAUGUAUUAUGGAUCCAUGGGGAGAUAACUUUCUAAGUGUAUGUGAAACAGAAGCAGGCCAAUAUUAGAUAUAACAUAUUAUGGGGGAGAUAACUUUCUAAGUGUAUGUGAAACAGAAGCAGGCCAAUAUUAGAUAUAACAUAUUAUGGGGGAGAUAAUUUUCUAAGUGUAUGUGAAACAGAAGCAGGGCAAUAUUAGAUAUAACAUAUUAUGGGGGAGAUAAUUUUCUAAGUGUAUGUGAAACAGAAGCAGGGCAAUAUUAGAUUUAACAUAUUAUGGGGGAGAUAACUUUCUAAGUGUAUGUGAAACAGAAGCAGGCCAAUAUUAGAUAUAACAUUAUGGGGGAGAUAACUUUCUAAGUGUAUGUGAAACAGAAGCAGGCCAAUAUUAGAUAUAACAUAUUAUGGGGGAGAUAACUUUCUAAGUGUAUGUGAAACAGAAGCAGGGCAAUAUUAGAUAUAACAUAUUAUGGAUCCAUGGGGAGAUAACUUAUCAUGUGUAUGUAAAAUAAAAGCCAGGAAAUAGAUAUCACAUAAUAUUAUUAAUUCAUAUACUUUAACAAAUUUGAUUUGUUUAGGGAUAGUCACAUGUUAAAUAAUGUUUUUGAAGGUAGAGAGAAAAAGGACGAUAACAAAAAGCAUAGUUCACAGUAAAAUGCAUAUUGCUCUAUUAUUUUUAGAAUAUCUAAAAACCAAUAUACUUUGUGACGUCAUGCAAUGAAAGUCAUGUUAUUGUUAAAAGUUUUAUAAAGAAAUAGUUAUGAUCGAUUAUUCAAGGAAUUGUAUAUCUUAUUAUAGAAAUCCUUGGAUUAUUUGAGGAAAAAAAAUCUUAUAAUAUAUAGGAUGUUAAAAAUAUCAAACAUGAAAAAAAGGAAAUAAAAUUACAACUAAUAUGUUGUUAGUGUCUAGGAGACAAUAUGAUAUCUAUAUGCAAUAUGCUUUUUGCUAUCCGCAGUUUUCUCUCUACCUUUGAAAAUAUAGUUUAACAUGUGACUAUCCCUGAAAAAUUAAAUUGGUUGAAAUGUACAAAUUAAUAAUUUCAGAUUAUAUCAUGGCAUUUUUCAUAUCACAUGUAUAAUCAGCCCUAGGUGCAAUAUCAGCCCAAGAGCCACAUGGCAAGGUAGACAUGAAACCACAAAGGUAACUGAAUAAGCCCAGUAAAAUUGCUUGUAUUACAUGAAUUGACAAAUAUUAUUUGAUAACUGAUGCAUGGAGCUGAUGCGUUAGCCUUAAAACACUGGGUCAUGUAAUAAGUACAAGCUGACUUAGAUGCCUUUAAAACAAUUGAAUGUAGAUUAAAGUAAUUCUGAUCCAGGUCACAGUAUGUGUGGUUGUUUUGACUGAGAAGGCUGGGGGUAGUUACGUGAAUGCAGAUUAACUACCUCACAUUAUCAUAAUAUAUUUUUGUUUGGAAAAUUUCUAUGAUGUUGAUGAAUACUAAGGGUUGAUGUUUGUAUAAUUUAUGACCCUUUUAAACUUACAUUUGUUUGUUGUAUCUUUUUGAUACAUAUCAUUUUCUACAGAAACUGUAUAUUGUUUUGUGAUAAUUUAUUUUUGUAUUGGCUUUGUGAUUUUAAUGAACAAGUAAUUACCUUAAAUAGAAAAAUUGAAUAAAAAUAUGGGGUCACUGUUCAUUUAAGCUCUCAAUCUGCCUUCAAAAGAAGCAUUCAUUUCUGUUAAGGUACUUUUUUUUUCUGUUGAACUAAUAGGACAGAAAAAGGUAAAAUCGAAAGAAAAUAAAGAACUAAAUUACAGAAAUUGCUUAAAUUUUACAAUAGUUUAGUUGAAGUACAGUUCAUUUGAAAAAAAAUAUAAAAAAUAUAGUUCACCAAUGAGUUAAGAAAAUUAUUUCAAUUUUUAUGCCAAACUUUUUUCAUUAAAGGGAGAUAAUUUGGAGCUUUUUCAAUGAUAUCAAUAUUUUAAAAGACAUCUGGGGAAAAACGAAUUGAUUUUUUUUUGGCUGAUUGUACCAUAUCAAAACGUAACAACUAAUAGUGUAAUAAAUAAAAUUUGUAAUGAAAUAACAAAUAUAUCUAUUUUUGCUGAUUUUUUUGUACCCUCGAGCCUCCUUAAGAUAUGACAAUUGCCAACACACACCAUCGGCGAAGGUCACAUGACCUUACUCAGAACUCAUUAAAUUUUAUCGCGAAGGUAUUUGUUAUCAAAGCUCUUGACAAACUUUAUGAAAACACAUGAUACAUUAUUCGGUAUAUUGAUGUUAGUUUUCCCUGUUUCAAAUUUAUAUUCCGCAAAGAUUCAAGAAUGUUUUUGUUUCUUAAUUCAUAAUAAUCAAUGAGUAUUUAAGAAAAUUUACAAAUUCAAUAAAACAGAAGGAAACUGUGGCAGAUUGUGACUGGCAAAAUUUCAUAACUUUGGUUGUCCAUUUCAACCAGCUGAACCUUUGUUGAAAUAUGUCACACAGCCUUAUAUUUUGACCUUUUAUAAAAUAGUACUACUAGAACUAGUCAAAGCAGCAAAGUCAGAUUGUGCUUUAUACAAACAGUCACUUUCUGUAAUUGUAUUUGAACUAAUGUUUAACAAUGAUUAGUGCUCUCGCUAAUGUAAAAACUGCUUUAUGUGUUUAUACAAAAUCAUGUUCUCUUUUUACAUUUAAACAAGUGUGCUUUAACUGUUGUUUAAAAUUACUUAUUCAUUUAGUGCUUUAGGAUAAACAUGAUAAGAAACAUUCAACAAAGUGACUAUUGUUUGAAAUUUUAAAUUGUUCUGUUAUUGUAACUUGUUAUUACAUAUCUUGAACUAUAUAUGAUGAAUAAAAAUUUGAAAACCC